AUGAAGCGAGCGCGAAACGAAAAGGCCACUUCUCCUACACUUACCCCUCCUUCAUUUAAAAACCUUCCGGAUGAACUCCUCACGACCAUUCUCUCAAUGGUCGCUGCACGCGCCUCAACUCCCCAAGACUUUCUCUCCUGCCGCCUCGCUUCUUCCCACCUUCGCCGCAUCUCACUCCUCCCGGAAAUCCUCGCCGUGUUACCACCUCCCGCUCUCGCUUGCCCGGCGAAAAACUACUCGCUCGCCUAUCGCUCGUUUCUAUCGGUAUGCGCAGCGGUGGGAAACGCGGAGGCUGCGUUUCUUCUCGGCAUGGUCGACUUUUAUUGCUUAGAGCGAGUGGCGAGCGGCAUGAAGCGGCUUGUGCAGGCAGCAAAGGCAGGGCACGCAGCCGCGUUACACAGCCUGUCAGUCAUCCAUUUCAACGGUAGCGGAUUGCUUGCAAGCGGAGCGGAGGGAAGUGGUGCAGCGGAGGGAGGUGGCGCAGCGGAGGGGGACACAGGAAGGCGGAAGCUGCGGGGGAACCGGAAGGUCGGGAUGGGGAUGUUGCUGUGUGUGGCGGCGGCUAAAGCGGGUCACCCAGAUGCGCUGCGGGAAUUAGGGCUGUGUCUGCAGGACGGAUUUGGAAUCAAGCGGAGUGUCGCCCAGGGGAGGCUGCUUCUGGUGGAGGCAAACCUGCGGGAGCUGGCUAAUAGCGGGGAUAAAAUGGCGGCAGCAAUGGUGCAUCGCUCACUGUCGCCAUGUCUCACGAUCCAAGGUACCCUUACGGUUAUCCACCACCAGCCGGCUACCCACCACCAGCCGGGUACCCACCCGCACCCUACCCUCCCGCGCCCGGCUAUCCACCCCCUCCUGCCGGCUACCCGCCUCCUCCCGCCGGUUAUCCGCCUCCUCCGGGCUACUACCCCCCGCCGCCGGCAGGCUACCACCACCCGCCACCCCCACACUACCACCACGGCGCGGUGGCCCAUCACAGCAUCGGCCAUGCCUUGGCGCAUGGCGUAG